CGUCUUAGUUAUUCAUUCUCUGUGUCGUGAUUAUAGAUGUCACAUUUGUUGACCUAACGCAGUGUAAAUUCCGACAAGCAAACAUAUCUUUAGUCUGUAGUCACAGUCAUGGGAUUUCUAACGCACUUCUUCAUCUGACGAUUACUCAUAGACUGAUUGAAAAAUUAUCCGUCCUUAGUGUCAGUUCAGGUGGAGCAGUGCGAGGUUAUUCUAUAAACUAUUCAUCAUGCCUCUCGAAUGGUUAUUUGGGCGUAAAAAGACGCCAGAGGAGAUGUUGCGUCAGAAUCAGAGAGCUCUCAACAAAGCCAUGAGAGAUCUGGAUAGGGAGAGAUCAAAGAUGGAGCAACAGGAGAAGAAGGUCAUUGCAGACAUUAAAAAGAUGGCUAAACAGGGUCAAAUGGAUGCGGUUAAAGUGAUGGCCAAAGACCUUGUCCGUACCCGGCGCUACGUGAAGAAGUUCAUCACAAUGCGGGCAAACAUCCAGGCAGUGUCACUAAAAAUCCAAACACUCAAGUCUAACAAUGCAAUGGCACAAGCAAUGAAGGGUGUGACGAAAGCCAUGGCAACCAUGAACAAACAGCUGAAGCUGCCCCAGAUUCAGAAGAUUAUGAUGGAGUUUGAGAAGCAGUCUGAGAUCAUGGACAUGAAGGAGGAGAUGAUGAGUGAUGCCAUUGACGAUGCCCUUGGAGAUGAGGAGGAUGAAGAAGAGAGUGAUGCUAUUGUGUCUCAAGUUUUGGAUGAACUCGGCUUACAGAUGGCAGAUGAAUUGUCAGGUCUGCCAACUGCUAACCAGACUCUUUCCGCUGGAGCCUCCAAACAACCACAAGCUGCUGCUGCCGCCGAUGUCAGUGCUGCAGAUGCUGAUCUUGAAGCAAGGUUAAAUAAUCUGAAGAGACAGUGAGACUGACAGACUCUAUGGAAUGAUACAAGAGAGCUAUUGCUUGAGGCAAGCUCCCUCUAUAGCCAAACCCUUGGUGAUGACAGCUGUUAUGUGAUCAAGGACAAACUUGAAUGUAGCUUGUCAUGGAAACACGAACAUACAAGAUAAAAGUGUUGUUGGCACAGUGGUGGCUUAUUGUAACAUGCCCUUAUUGUAAUGUUUGAUUCCAAACUACAUUUUUAAUUCACUUUGGAAAGUUUCAUAAACUACCGUCUCAACUUCUGGGUAGGAAGGAUCCUGAAAGUGUCAGGUUACAGAAGUAAAGACUACAAAACUGUUCCCAGUGUAUAAAACUGUCAGUUAACUAAAUAGGUCGUUCACAAUGUCAUUAUUCAAAACUGCUUUUCCACAUUACGAUCAUGUUUUGUUCCUUUUUUACAUUUCUGAGACAUCUUUCAUGUAAUCCAUUUUAUGUUAUCUAAUUGGUUCUUUUAAGUUAUGCUCUGCACAUUUGAGUCUAUUUUUAGGUCUUAUUUUGUCCAGUUUAGGGUAUUACACUGAUUUAUGUCAAUGCUUAUUAAUAUUCUAGUUUAUAUUCCAUGGAACACAUGUUCAUACUGUUCUGUGUACAAUCUAACUGUGCCCAAUGAAUACUGAAGGAAGCUUUGUGUUGAGUCUGUAUGUGCUUACAUGAAAUGAUCAGUCAUAAGAGUUUAGUCUCAUCAGUUGGUUGUAAUGCUUACUACAGCAAUGUUCAUGUACAGAGGUUGAUAUUAGAUGUUUGUCAAUACUGCCAUGCCUUCUUGUUGAAGAGACAUUGGUUUUGUGUGUGAUCUGAUAUUAUUUAUUGAUCAGUCAUGCUUGGUCAGUAGCAUAGCUUUAGAACACCAGGGAAUUGUUUCUUAAAUAAACACCAGUCCUACUGAAAAAAUAUUCAAAAGUUUACAGAAUUAAAAUAGCACUGUACUGUACUUCCCCUCCAAUGACAAUAUUGGAUUUCAUGGUCAUCAAGAAAUGUGAUCAAAUAUCUUAAUAUAUGAGCAAGCAGUUUUGUUCUGCCACCAUUGUGCAUACAGGCACAAAUAAUCUAUUGAUCAAUGUUAGCCUUUAUUUAUCAAAGUAAUGACUGCUUGUCAGUGAUUCCAACCAGAUAUCACUAUUCUUCUCUCACACCUGUGAAGAAUUUUUAGUGUAAAAAUGUAUUUUUACUUGUGUAUAUAUUAAUAUGUAUGCGUUUUGAAGUAAACACUUUCAAACUGA